GAACCCAAAGAACCCAGUGAACCCAGAGAACCCAGUGAAUCCAGAGAACCCAGUGAACCCAGUGAACCCAGUGAAUCCAGAGAACCCAGUGAACCCAGAGAACCCAGUGAAUCCAGAGAACCCAGUGAACCCAGAGAACCCAGAGAACCCAGUGAAUCCAGAGAACCCAGUGAAUCCAGAGAACCCAGAGAACCCAAAGAACCCAGUGAACCCAGUGAACCCAAAGAACCCAGUGAACCCAGUGAAUCCAGAGAACCCAGUGAACCCAGAGAACCCAGUGAACCCAGUGAAUCCAGAGAACCCAAACCCAGUGAACCCAGAGAACCCAGUGAAUCCAGAGAACCCAGUGAAUCCAGAGAACCCAGAGAACCCAAAGAACCCAGUGAACCCAGUGAAUCCAGAGAACCCAGUGAACCCAGAGAACCCAAAACCAGUGAACCCAGAGAAACCAGUGAAUCCAGAGAACCCAAAGAACCCAGUGAACCCAGUGAAUCCAGAGAACCCAGUGAACCCAGAGAACCCAGUGAACCCAGAGAACCCAGUGAACCCAGAGAACCCAGUGAAUCCAGAGAACCCAGAGAACCCAGUGAACCCAGAGAACCCAGUGAACCCAGUGAAUCCAGAGAACCCAAACCCAAAGAACCCAGUGAAUCCAGAGAACCCAGUGAACCCAGAGAAACCAGUGAAUCCAGAGAACCCAAAGAACCCAGUGAACCCAGUGAAUCCAGAGAACCCAGUGAACCCAGAGAACCCAGUGAAUCCAGAGAACCCAGAGAACCCAGUGAACCCAGAGAAACCAGUGAAUCCAGAGAACCCAAAGAACCCAGUGAACCCAGUGAAUCCAGAGAACCCAGUGAACCCAGAGAACCCAGUGAACCCAGAGAACCCAGUGAACCCAGUGAACCCAGUGAACCCAGAGAACCCAGUGAAUCCAGAGAACCCAGAGAACCCAGUGAACCCAGUGAACCCAGAGAACCCAGUGAAUCCAGUGAAUCCAGAGAACCCAGAGAACCCAGU